UAGUAGUUGUCUUUAUCGGUGGCCAUCACCGGAGAAAUCCUUAGCGAAAGGUGAAAUUACUGAAAGAUCCAAGCUUUACUCUGCGACACCCAAUCGAAAACCCCCUGCUUUUUUUUUGAAGGUUUGUUGUGCUCAUGGCUCUGGAAACAUUCAGAGAAAAGGUUAUGGUGUUGUGUCACUUGAAUGGUUCUGUUGAGUAUGGUGCUGAUGGCGUACGCUAUGGAGGAUCUAUUCUUAAAAAGAUCACAGUUAUGCGAAAGACGGCGUUAAACACAUUGUUAGAUAGGCUUUAUGAAAUUUUUGGAUUAGAUAAGCAAAAAUUGGAGUUCAAAAUAUUUGGAAGGUACCCUGUAGUUGUUUCACCGGAUCUGUUUACGUAUGCACAUCUUCCCGUGGUGGACAACAUUAGUUUGGAAGCUAUGCUUGAGGUCUCAAGCAAUCAUCCUUCUAUAAAAAAUGUGGAAUUCUAUUUGGAAGCUAAACCAACUUCUGAUGAGGUUAUUGUUCCUGUUAUUUGUUCUUCGCCAUUGGAAAGUCCUGGUAGUUCCUCGAAAAGACAGAGAACACUAGAAAUGACGGAUAAACCUUCAAAUUCGGAUGGCUGCUUGGUUAACGUUGUCAAUUCUGGUGUUUUAAAACCGUGUCUUGUGCCCAGUCUGUGGAUUGAUGACGAUCAUGACAUGCAUUUAGGAUUGUGUUUUAAAGAUAGAGAUGAAUUGAAGAAGGCAGUGGAUUGGUGGUCUAUUAAAAGUCGUCGAAAGUAUAUAUUAAGAGAGCCUGAGAAGGACAUUUAUAAGUUUGAGUGCAUAAGGUGGAAAUGCAAGUGGUCAUUAUGCGCAACUAGAAUGGAAAAACACGGGCUUGUUGAGAUAACCAGAUAUACUGCCCCACAUACUUGUAGUCCUGAAGAUUUUAAAGCAAAGUUUGUAAAAGAUGAAAUUGAACGUGUGGUAAGGGUACAGCCAACGCUCUCAAUUGUAGAGUUGAAUAACUGGUGGAGAGAAAAAAAUGGCUAUGAGCUUGAAACCACAGAGAUGGAGGAAGCAAGAGAUGAAACUAUCAAAAGAGUCUUUGGAGAUGAGGAUCAGAGUUUCAGAGUCAUACCGAAGUUAAUGUCUGCAUUACACACUUCUAAUGGGCUGCUUGUGGACUGGCAAUAUAGUCGUUUUCCUAACACUGAAUUUGCAUCUUUCCGUGGCGUGUUUUGGGCGUUUUCACAGUCCAUUAAAGGGUUUCAACAUUGUAGACCUCUGAUCCAAGUGGAGUCCUUAGACUUAAGCGGUAAGUAUCCUAUGAAAUUGAUUGUUGCCUUGGGGGUAGAUGCAAGUAACGGUUAUUUUCCUCUUGCAUUUUCGGUUACUAAAGAACUGUCCGUUGACAUUUGGCGUUGGUUUCUCACUGCAAUCAGAGAGAAGGUAACUCAAAGGAAAGGCCUUUGCCUCAUCUCCAGUCCCCACCCCGACAUACUUGCUGUUAUUAAUGAACCAGGGUUUUUGUGGCAAGAACCCUGGGCUUAUCACAUGUUCUCUCUGGAUCAACUGUGCCGUCAUUUCCAUGACGUUUUUGUAGACCGCUACCUUGAGACUCUUUUGUACAACGCUGGAUACACGAAAAAAAAAGAUGAUUUUGAUUCAUGCAUGAAGGACAUCGAAAAGAUGAACCCAGAAGCUCGGAAGUGGUUAGACCAAUUCCUUCCACAUCAGUGGGCUCUUGCUCAUGACAGUGGUCUGAGAUAUGGAAUCAUGGAGAUAGAUCUAGAUGAUGGGUUUCCAUCUUUAGACCUCAGUGAUUAUACAACAGGGGAUAUGAUGCUUCUGUUUGAUAAGUUGAGAUCCUUGUUCGAUGAGAACCUUAGAUGGAGCUGUGCCUCUCUUAAUCGUGGGGAUGUGUACACCAGCCCUGUCAUGAUCAAGCUUGAAGAGUUCAUGAAAUCUUCCAUUACAUACGUUAUAACGCCUUUAGAGAGAGAUUCAUUUCAGGUCUCAGAGCAUUCAGAAAAGGAGAAAUGGAUUGUCCAGUUGAAUGGCUCAACCUGCACGUGUGGGGAGUUCCAAAUUUACAAGUUCCCAUGUCUGCACGCUCUAGCAGUCUGCGAGAAGCUCAAAAUCAACCCUUUGCAGUAUGUAGACGACUGUUACUCUGUUGAACGGUAUUACAAAACUUAUGCCGCCCCAUUUUCUCCUGUCCCGGAAGUUGCAGCUUGGCCUGAAGCUUCUGGAGUUCCAACAUUGUUUCCUCCUUGCCCGCCUAAUUAACACUCCAGAUAAGUCCUAACACAUAACUACUAAGAAGAAGAGCUGGAAGUUAGAUGGAUUUGAGUAAAACCGAACCCAGCAUUUUGGUGGACUGGUGAUUUUGUAGUAUCUUUUGACUUUCGGAAAGUAUGAUAAAUCCACUUCCAGUUAAUAUAACGGAGACAUGAUAGAUACAUUGCUUCUUUUUUUUUUUGUAUAUGAAAAUUAAUCCUUGUUGUUCUUGAAAACUUUUGGUGAGAUCCCCUGAACCAUUAUGAAAA